AUGGUAUUUGAUUGGAAUCGAAACAAUCCUCUUCAGUUGGCCCUUGUACGAAUCAUUGAGGACGAAAAAUUCAUCAGGCCAAAUGAUCUGGCGGCGAUCGAUGAGAACUCGUUUAUACUCACAAAUGACGGCUACGCUCAAACGGAGUUGCUCAGUUUUCUGGAGAUACUCACAGUUUAUCCAAGUGGAAGUGUAACCAGUUCCUAUCUGAUAUCGAGAUCGAUUUCUCCAAAUGGUAUUAUCCUCAACAAAGAGCGCACACAUGUCAUCAUUUCCCACGUUAACAUCGAAACCAUCUCCGUGUACAAACUGAACAAUAAUAAUCAUACGCUUUCACAUGUGGUAGAUGUGCCAACGCUGACGUCGGCUGACAAUUUCUGUCUUGACAAAUCAGGAGCCGUUUGGACUGGUGCUCAUCCUGUGUUGAAGGACGCAGUAGGUUUACUGUCUGACUGUGAUAAUGUCGAAGUACACUUAAAAGCUCCGUCGCAGGUGUUGAGAAUCGUGUUCUCGAAGGAUUUCAAAUCAUGGGAAAUCACAGAACCGUUCGCUGACGACGGAAGCUUAAUCUCGGCGUCCUCGAUUGCUGCUCCCUACGGGAAUCAGCUGCUCAUCGGAUCCGUCUGCCGAGAACUUGUUCUUUGUGACAUAUCGCCAGAGACAAUCUAA